AUGACGUCUGGCAAUGUUUUUUCAGUAUUUAUUUCCUUCAUAUUUAUACCCUUGAUAUUGGGGGCUGAUUUGAACGAUGAUAGCAUCAAUGAGAUGUCUAAGCUGCAAACUAUGACCAUUGAUGAGUAUAUAAAUUACAUCAAUCCUCCAGCGGUGCAUAAAUUUCAGAACGGCAAUGGAGAGAAAGUAGUUUGUGUAAAAUAUGAGGACCAGCUAUCCCUUCAAUCGGGAAACAUUAGCAAAGGUUCAAGGGAUAAUUUUGCGUACAAAAAUUCGUCGGCAGAAGAGUGCCCAGAGGGAAGUGUGCCCAUCGUGGAGAUCACACGUGAACGUGUUGAAAGAGCAGGAUCUCUGAGACAAUACUUAAAUACAGGAUUGCACGAUAACACACAGAAAACUGAAGAAGCGAAGAGUGCAGUAGUAUUUAUAAGUUCAACGCAAAGCCAGGAGAUCCAUGAAAUCAAAGCUUCUUUCAAUGUAUGGCAACCUUCCGUGGACACCAGUAAUUCAGUUUCUAGUGCCGCUAUAUUGCGUCUUCUACGUGAGAAUUCAGAUUCGUCAAUAAACGAAGCAAUGGAAGCUGGAUGGAUGGUUAACCCCAGUCGCUAUGGUAGUCCACGCGUUACAUUUUAUGUUGCCCAUAGGGUUUGGCGGAAGGGCGAGGAAAAAGAGUGCUUUGAUCUAUCUUGUAAAGAUUUUAUUCAAGAAGGAACAGAAUACUAUCCAGGAAUGCCAAUUCCUGGUAUUUCUGUAUAUGAUGGUGUACAAAUGGACAGCACCAUAAGCAUAAGAAGAGAAACCAGGGGUAACAAUGCAAAUAAUCUAGUGUGGGCAGUAUAUUUACAAGACAAGUUAGUGGGUCAUUGGCCUGCAAGUCUUUUCCACGACUUGACAUUUUAUGGGAAUUUAGUCCAAGUUGGAGGAGAAGUAGUGGUAAGGUCUGGUAAGCGAGGAACUCCGUUCCCUAAGACGGAAAUGGGUAGUGGACAUGUCUAUGCUGAAGGUUUUAAGAAAGCAGCUUUUGUCAGGAACAUACGAUUGUUUACUAAUAAUGGUGCUCUUAUAACUAAAAGAAGGAGGACAUAUUUCUUAAGUAAAAGACAUUGUUAUACCAUAAAGGGAUAUAUGCGAAAAGAUAACUAUUGGGGACAUCAUAUAUAUUAUGGAGGUCCUGGAGGUUACUUUGGUGAUUGUAAAUAUUGA